GAGGCAUCCGUAGGUUUAUCAUCAGUUAUGAUACCAGGUACUUGUAACUUGGAUAGCGUGGUCACCAGCGGGCAAUAUGCGGAUGACCCGCACAUCGUAACACUUACUGGCGAUCCGUACCGUACGGGUCAAUCACAAGACACAGAGCUCGAAUGCCGCCCCUAUCAGCUUUGGCAAGCCACCUUUUGUCAACCAUAAAGGUCUCGCAGAGAGAGAGGUGGGCGCAUCUCAGCUAUUUGACCACGCUUUCACCCAUAACCACCGAGGAAUGCGAGUACUGUAUCAUACUGCACUGUACUCGUACGGUGUGAUACGAUACGGUACUGGCACGGCGCCGAGGCACGGUUGCACGUCAAACCCUCAGCCAUCCAUGCAUGUCCCGGGAAGCGGACCGGGGCGGCAUGAGAUAUUCAAAGACCCUUACAGUACGAGUACAGUACCUGGCACUCGAGCAGCUGUCCAGGCGGUGGCGGCCCAUGGAUGCUCAGUUCCCGAUAUGGCAUUGACUUGAACGCCCUUGAGUCGCCUUGCCAACCUCCCUAAGCACAGUGCCGUGCCCUAUCGUUCUUCCCCCGGGCCAUCUGAAUCGCCGGGGACAGAUCUGGCGACGGUUAUCCGAAUCAGAUCCUCAGUCCUUCCCGCCCUCAAACGGCCUAGCAGCGCUCCCGGGAGGCCCAAGGGAUAGGUUAGUGCCUGAGUAUGAUAUGAUACCUUUUCUUCGACCCAUUGCUAUUGGCGUGGUUGAAUGUCUACAACCUUACUCGUAUCCUGCACCCCGGACCCCUCACCCCUCCUCCCAACUUAGCGCCGAUAUCACGUGGCCGUAUCUCUCGUACUUGCACCAUCGAUGGGUCACAAUGGGUGUGAAAUGGGGUGCAAAAAUACGAGUAUACUCGAGUACAUGCGUAUUCUGUGAUGAUAGUGCCGGUAUGAUAAUCUAUUGUACGAGUACCAUCGUACGGUACAGUACCCGGGUUAAGGUCCCUAGGCCAUGCUGUCAAUCCGGGACGGACAUCAACAUGGACCGAGGGCAUUGCUAUGGCAACCGAGAGGUUAGAAGCUGGGGUUACAGUGUGCGGGAUGAUGUAAUAACCUUUUCAAUCGCGGUAUGAUAGGUCUCGUCUGUAGUACUCGAGUACCGUAAAAACACCCAUCAUCAUAUCGUACCGGUAUGAUACCAGGUAUCGGAUUGCCGGCGGAAAUCAGCUCCCCCAGUCCACCAUGCGUGUAGCUCGGUGGCCUAUCGGUCAAUGAGAUCCAACGAGUCCGGCGGACCAGUGUCGUCCCAGGUCGGAAAACGCUGCCUAUCCUAUAAUACUCCUCACACACUCCUGCUCGGGAGAUCCACAGGCUUCCACCCUCUGGACAGCUGUUACAGCCUUCUUGGAGAAAAGUAUAUAUCACUUUCCCACACGCACACACCCCAUUCCGCACGAGUACUUGUACCGUGCUCGAGCACCGGUGGUACUACUGCGGCGUCCGCCUCCAUCCAAUCCCAUUCCAGCCAGACCAGGCCCCAUCGCAUAACCAGAAGAAGCCCCCGUGGGAUGUAUGAUCAGCUGCGCUGCCCUUUCCUUCCCUUCCCUUUCGCUCCUCCCACCUAAAAAGAAAAACUAUGACGGAUCGUUUCUACAUCCCCGUGACUUUCGCUAACAACUGCGGCAGAUCACCCCCCAAUCCAACGCUACCUGCCGUGGAGUGCAGGAAUGCGCAAAAAGAAAAAAAAAUACAGACACAAUUCUUAUCACUUCUUGCCCGCGUCGUGGGCUGCGAUGGGGCACGUUUCUCGCAAUUUACUGCAGUAUCUGAUGGCGAUGACGGUUGCUGCUUCUGCCUGGGAAAAAGUGCAUGUUAUGUGUUUGUCCAACGUGCUCCAUGCCCUGUCCCCUCGAGGUCGAAUCUAGGGGAGCCGGACGGAACAUAAAUACCUCUCUCCGGCCUCCAACGCUUCCCCGGUUCACUGUUUGGGUAGGACCCUUGGAGAACGCUUUUGAGAUACCGGUAUUAUACAAGGAGGGAAACAUGUCUGCACCCACUACACCUGUCACGGGGCUUACGGUUCUCUCGCUCGGUAGAUUUUCCUCCCCUCCCUCCCUCUUGCCAUCCGCUAUGGGCAUGGUAUCAUAACCUGUAUGCUCGGCGCUGACAAUGUAUGGCGGUGUCCGUAUCAUAGACGGCGGGGGAGUCCGCGGAUACUCCAGCCUGCUCAUACUCCGAGCCGUCAUGCUAGAAAUCAAGCGGACCAAUAACCUCCAGGAGAUACCGAAGCCGUGCGAUUACUUUGACCUGGUAGCCGGUACAAGCACCGGAGGGUUCGUUCACUCACCACCAAUCACUACGCAAACGGCAAGUAUGAUAUAUGCUAACGCAGCCAAAAGCCUGAUAGCGCUAAUGCUCUCCCGAUUAGUCAGUCACUCUCCCCUCCCUGCCCUUCUCUCCCACCCUCCAUCUCUCUAACUAUUACUAAUACAAAAUGCAAUAUAAAAAAACAGAGAAUGGACGUCGACUCCUGCAUAAUCAAGUACCAGAAAAUGUCUGGCGACAUCUUCAAGCGGCCCUGGCAAUUCCCCGGAAAGCCCAUUUGGGAUGCCUACUUCAAAAAGCCCUGGUUCUCGGAGGAGAAGCUGAAGCAGAGCAUAGAGAGCGUGGUGGAGCUGAUGAUAAGCCCACAAGAGAAAUCCCUCCUGGAGUCUCGGGGCGUGAGAUUCUCCGACGCCCCAAUGGCGGACCCGGGUGUCAUCCCCAGCGUGAACACCUGCAACGCGUACGACACCACCCCUCGGUGGAGGAGAACCCAACUGACAAGGAAGAUAGCUUCGUCUGCGCCGUGAAAGUCGAAGACCUAACAACAGCUCUCUUAAGGACAUACCCCCAACCAGCCACAUCCUUAGCAGAAACCUGUCCAAUAUGGGCCGCCGGGCGUGCCACCUCCGCCGCACCCCUGUACUUCCCCCCCAUGAAACUCGUCACCCCCCCCUCACCCGUGCCAACAGACUUCUUCGACGGCGGCAUGAAGAAUAACAACCCCAUAGCUGAAGUCAAGGACGAGGUGUUCCUCGCGCACCGCGUCGAGUCCCCGCGAUGCGUGCUGUCCAUCGGGACGGGAUACCUAACCAACGCUACGGGUGAUCGGGGCUUCUGGACUCGCCUCGCCAAGUGGGCCACCGGCGGGUUUGGAUACAUGGGCUGGACACUGCUGCAGCUCGCGACGAACACCCAGGCGAGGCAUCUGGAGAUCUUACGAGAGGGAAAGUAUGCCCGUUUCCGCGAGAAUUAUGUCAGGCUCAAUGUACCCGGGAAAUUAGCCAAUGUGGGGAUCGAGAGGUGGGAUAAGAUGGAGGAGAUGAGGCAUCUGACUGAGGCUUACCUGGCGACGGAGGAGGCUAGGGCUGAGAUUCGCAGGUGUGUCGAGAUGUUGAGGGCUGGAAGGAACUUUGGGAUGUAGUUUUUUUAUAUAUUUAUAUUUAUUUUCUCCCCUUCUUGGCCUGCUUAUAACGCCAUUUACGGGGAAGCCGCUCACCCAUGGCAACCAGCGGAAAAUCAAACACAUCUUUGAUUAUCUUAAUGAAUAAUUGUGAGACCACCUUGAAAUUUUAUCUGUAAGUGCCUUGGAAUAUGAAGAACUGGAAUAUGUAAACUGUAUCUUAUAAUUAUGAACUGUUCCUCUUAUGCAGAGUUUUUAAUAUUGUUUCUUUUUGAACAAAACUACUACUAGGAUUUCUCAGGAUACAGAAAUUCAAAAAUAUACAGGAAAUACCUUUAUAAGCAGAUUGAGUGAUUGAAUAAGCCUUAUAAGCUCAUGGCUAAUAGCUAUCCAGUUUGUUUAUAGCCAAUUUUUAAUAUUGCAGUACCCAGUAGGAACCAAUAGAAAGUAAGCAAACUGUCUAAAGUCUUUA